AGUGGUGACAUAUUGCUUUAUUGACGAUCUGAAUUCUGAAUGUGUUUACCAGAUUUACCGGACUGUGGUAUUUAUGUACCGAAUGCUUCGAUCAACAAUAGUAACUAGAUAAAGGGAUACGUACAAAAUUAAAGCAAAAACUGUCCGCGUGAAUAUAUACUUAUAUAGCUACAUUCGUUUACUAACAAACGGAGAAAAAAGUUUUGAAACACUUUUACUUUCAAACUAAUAACAACUAUGGCACCUAGUAAUAAAGUCACAAAUCUCCAAAACAUUAUCUAAUACUUACGAUCAUUCGUCACAUAAAACGAGCAAAGCAAUAAAUUACUCCUGUCACUUACCAAUAAAAAGACAUAUUUUAAACAACUUUUAAUGUUAAAUCAAUCUUAAGGUGCAACAAAUACAGUAACUUUUCCCUUAAUUGCUCUGAGAACUAACAUCGUUUUGCUUUAUUUAUUUUUGCUUCUUGAAAUGCCGAUUUCUAUUUACUACAGGAGUUACUAUUGUUGAUCGAAGACCGAAUGGGUACAAAAUUCACAACCAAUUACCAUGAAACCAAGUACAAUGUUAUGUUUUACGUUCUUUGCUUAUAAAUAAUACUAACAAUAUAAUAAAACUAUAGUCAUUUGAAGCACAUAAAAUUAUAACAAUGGAUCACAUCCGACAGUUUGAUUGGUGCUCCACACCGGCUGACGUCUAUUUUCUAACAGAAAAGGACCUGGACAAUUGUGUUACUGAGAGGAUCUUGCGUAAUAGAUAUUAUGACCCCUUAAUAUCUAGUGAUUCUGAUGAAGAAGAAAGAGAGAACAUAGAUUGGGAUAAAAUAUUUGAAAAGAAAAAAGAUAAUGAAAAACAAGGCCGUGUUUAUGUGCCUGCCCUACAUUCAUUGCCACCUUAUCCAAAGAUAUCAGCCCUUACUAGUCAACAACACUACCAAUGCCUUAAGGUGCUGUGUCAAGAGAACCCUCACAUCAUGCCUAGUUUCUUCAUUCACAGACCAACAAAACUGGACUUGAAAGUGUUUGAGCAAGUAAAAGAGACCUAUGCAAAUGAACAAAAAGAAUACAUAGAUUGGGUGAAGGGUCUCUGGGCCACUAACCACUGUAUCCGUGCACUACGUCCCAAGCCUUCCGUCGAGAUGGUUUACGAAGCCGAAUUCAAAGUCACCGCUAAUAUGAUGCAGUCGUUCCCAAAGACCUACCACCUUGUGGGCCAAAUACCAUUGGAGAUUGCAAAUGGAAACUGCGAAAUUAUACAUCUUAAAGAUUUACAAACUGUAAACAUAUCUGAGCUGCCUGAAAUAAGAUACCCAGAUGAUAUAAAAAGUAAAUUUUCCAUCUUCAAACCAUACAAUGUGCCGGAACCAUGCUACAAGCACCCUUGUAGAUUUGUACUCCCUGGUGAGAAAUCGAUGACGACGCUACCGCUGGCAGAGAUACACCGGGAGCUGGCGCAGUACGCGGGCGAGCACGGCGCGCAGUUCGUGGCCGCGGAGGGCGCGCUGCGGAGCCUCGUGCGGACCGACCGCCGCUGGGCGCUGCCCCUCACCGUCUGCAGCACCAUCGGCGUCGACGGCGACGAAUCAAACGUGAUAGUACUAGGCAACGAAUUCUCACUCAACAGAGAGCCGGCCUGCGUGAGGACUUACAAAGCCUUCAAACAUUUACUUGAGAACGCUUUGAAACAGCCGUCGACCGGGGCGCUCAGUAGCCGGGAACAAGACGCCCAGGGUUCGCUCGAGACCAGCUUCGAGGACGAGUCGGAGGACGGGUCGACCGCGGACAGCGAAGACGAGCAGCGGCUGGUCAUCGACACCGGUGACAUGGACACUGACAAGGAGCGCGACGAGAACGAGUUGGCGUCUCCGAAACGCAGCAGGAGGUCGGAGGGGGCGGACAGUGGGGGUGGGGGCGGGGGCGGGGGCGGGGACCAGCCACAGCCGGCCAAUGACGAGCUAGGAGUAUACAGCUGCACUUGUGACGAAUCGAGCUCCGCCAGGCCUCCGCCGUGCUCCUUCAGGAAGUGGCAAAUCAAUAACAAGACUCACAAAGAAGUCCACAACAUUGUGGUUCAUUGCGAACAUAGAGUCAGGCACGGCUCGCAGGAGGUGGUACUGGAGCCCAUACCGGAGUACCAGAUCGACGUGGGGGCCAGCCUGCAGGCCGCGCCCACCCGCGCCGCCCUGCUGCUGGCGCUGCUGCUGAGGCGAGACGCCGCCGCCCUGCUGAACGUCCGCGUGGAGGGUCCGACGGGGGACGUGGUGUGCGCCGAGCAGCUGUCCACUGAGCAGUUGUCCACCCAGCAGCCGUCCAGCCAGCAACCGUCCAGCCAGCAGCCGUCCAGCCAGCAGCCGUCCAGCCAGCAGCCGACCUGCCCCCGCCGUGACGUCGGCAACACUCUGGGCUGCGUGCUGUCGCAGCUCACGGGUCUGCUGCCGGGCCACUACGUGCUCAAACACGAGCCGGAGCACGGUCGCAACGCGCUGCUGCUGGCGGCGGGCGCGGGCGGGGGCGGCGGCGGGGCGUUGGGGCGGGGGGCGCGGCUGGAGCUGCAGUUCGACUGCGCGCAGCUCGCGGAGCAGGACGAGGCCGGCGUCGCCAGGACCCCGCCCACUCUAGCGCCCAUACUGCUGCCCUACCACAAGUACCGCAAGAUCCUGCCGUGCGCCUUCACGCCCUUCCAGAACCAAGUAGCCCGGGAACCGCGCAAGCCCGUCGCCAGACAGAAGACUCCGCCCCAAGCCAUCCAGUUGCACGGGGCAUCGGAGGAGGGCGCAGCUACUCGUAAGUGGCCGAAGAAAAAAAGGAAUAGGUCUCAAAGGAAAAAGAAAACGCCAAAAACUGAUUAUUAGUUAUUUAUUUCAAUAAAAAAAAAAUUAUAUAAAAUUGACAUGUUGAAGUGUUGUAUUAUAAUGAAUAAACGAAUGAUUGUUUAUACA